ACGGAACUACAUCCCGGAUCAGACCACCUUGUUCGUGUCGUCACUGUUCGUACGCCAAACGGUCUUUACAAGCGUCACCACGGUGCCUCAACAAACUCGCUGUCAUCAAAAAACAAACGUUCAUCAUAAUGCUGGAGACAGCAUCGGGGGCGGCAUGUACAAUUUGCAGCGAACACUUACGCAACUCACUGUGCUACAUCAGUUAAACACAGUCUCCCCUUCGGUACCGCCACUGUCUACGCCAGCUGGAGUAACAACUUGCACUUGCUAAGCAGUAUACUCGUUCUCUACAGUCCGCUUAGCUUCACUCACGAUGUAACGGAAUAUCACCAACUUGCUCAGCUACACCUUUAUGCAUACUCCCACUCCAUGCAAGGGACGGUUAAGCUUGCAUGGCUCUGGAAGCUGACGAGGAAAUUCAGUACAAGUAAAACAGCGGCCAGAAACACCACGGACGGUGGUGUUCACAUCGUUUACUUAUAGUAUAUCAACUAAACAUAUAUAAUUGUACACAAUAAAUAUCAUCUUAUUAACGACAAAGGAGCGAUCAUUUUUAUGAAGAACAGUUCAUAGGGACCCCGUUACUAUAGUAUUCGUCAAUACUACACAUUUUAUGGUGGCCCAUGAGGGGAAUCCUCCUUCCUUCAAAAAGAACAAACCAAAACAUCUACAUAUAUAUAUAUAUUUUGCAAAAGAGAACCACUUUGACCGCUGUUUGCAGUUUCAAGGGCAUCGGUUACCCACUUGUGCGCUGUCAGCGUAUGCAGUUCACUUAACUCGGCGCGCUGCAGUCACUGGUUGCUGUUCGCAGAAAAGCGUAAUACAAUUGGUCGCCGUUAGCGUAUGUACUGUCCGGCGCGCUGCAGUCAAAAUUUUAACCUCUGCCAACGUUGUACACAUCUUUAACGGCUGUAACGUCCGUGGCUCAAUUCAUCGUUGGAUUUUUUCUUGCGCUCAACUUUUUUCGCUCAACUCCAAUUCGCCACAAAGGAAUAUUUACGCUCGUCCUAACACUUUGAGUCAACUUUAGUGGUGAAAUAAUCAUCGGAUUUAUUUUUUCCGCUCAACUCUAAUACGCCGCAAAGGGAACAUUUACGUUCAUCACCUACAUAAACUUAAACGUAAGUUCUAAAAUCUCAUUUACGCUAUAUAUACAUAUAUAUAUUAGCAAAUAAAAAUAUGGGUGAUACAGCAUUAAUUAAGCUGCAGGUAAAUCGGCUUGCGUCCCUUGAGAAAAUACACGUCAACUUUAAAAAGGAUUCACUUGGGCGAAAAACUAAAACCUAUUUUCAGCAACGAUUAAAGCGUGUUGAUGAGCUCAAUGAGGAAUUUCGUUCCACGCACAAAUCUAUUGUCUGUUCUGACAUUAAGUCGGACGACGAAUACCUCACCACUGAUAUUGCCUCCCAGUUCGAAGAACUUCAUUUGGAACUUUUCUGUCUGCUCACACAGCGUCAUGACGAACUGUUUCCCCCUACAUCCGAAAAGGAGGAGACAAAGAGCGGCACGCAGCCAACUAGUUCCCAGGUGCGAUUUGUCGCUUCAACGCAAUUCCCGCGGUUACCAGUACCAUCGUUUUCUGGCAAGUUUACCGACUGGGCCAGCUUUCACGAUUCUUUCAACCGAUUGAUUCAUAAUAACAUUGAAUUAAAUCCCAUCCAAAAGUUUCAUUAUUUGAAGCAGGCUUUGCCACUUGAGCGUGAUCUUGACAUACAACAAAUGCUUCUGACAGAAGCGAAUUAUACCACUGCAUGGGAUCUGUUAGUAAAACGUUAUAAUAACCCGCGAAUAAUAUUUUCCCAUCAUAUGAACACGCUGUACAACUUACCAGUUCUUGUUAAAGAAAAAUCUGACGACAUCAAAACCCUGCUUAAUGUGGCGAAUGUAUGUGUUAAUGAAUUUAAACGCCUUAAGCUCCCAAUUGGGGAAUGCGAUCAUUGGAUUGCCCAUUACUUAACCACAAAAUUACCAACUGAAACCCACUCAGCAUGGGAGCGCCACCUGGGAAGCAAAAUAGAGAUUCCCACCUUUUUUGACCUAGAAGAGUUCUUAACCAAUCGCCUCUUCACCAUUGAUGCUAUCGAAAAUCGUAGCUUAGCCUUUAAUGCCACGUCUUCACGUAUGUUGUCUAACGAUAUUAAAAAUCGUCAUCUUUACAAAUCAAAAUCAUCUGCGCGACCGACACAUAACGUCAAAGCACACCAUGCAGCCACUAAAGUCAAUCCAUCUUCUCAAGAUUGCUGUGGACUUUGUGGACAAGCACAUAUACUACGUCGUUGCCCAAUGUUUCUUUCCAAAGAUUGUUUUGAAAGAAAAGGCAUUGUUGACAAGGCCAAGCUGUGUCUAAAUUGUUUGAGCAAGUCUCAUGCAUUGUCGCAAUGCACAAGCAGUAAAAAUUGCAUCCAAUGUGGUCAACGUCACCACACGCUCUUACACUUCCCACGGACUUCGCUAACCAAUACAGCUGCGCUGCCACUCGCUCAACACACCGCAUCGGCUCCCGCACAGGGACAAGUAGCCCCAAUAAAUUCCCACGCUAUGUCCACGUCAGCCUUUGAUCUAAGGCGCGUAACAAAUGCACAUGCUACAUUAUCAGCAAAUUCUGCACAUUUUGGUCUACGAACAUCAGCGGUUAACUCACCCAGACAGGUUCUGUUGGCCACAGCUUUAGUGUCACUACGUAACGAAGCAACAAACCAAUCUUCAACGUUUUACGCCCUUAUAGACCAAGGUUCAGAAGGGACACUGAUUUCCGAAAAUGCAGUUCAACGUUUAGGCCUUGCACGUCAUCCUACUGCUGCAAGCAUCUGUGGAGUGGGUCCAAGUGCGCUAAGCCAGUCAAAGUUUUUGGUAAGCUGCACUCUUCAUUCUUGCCACGAUAAAACCUUUGCCGCUCCUAUUGAAAGCGCGUAUGUGUUGAAGCAACUGACAACCGAGUUGCCAAGUAGGCGCAGCGUGCCACAACAAUUGUCUCAUCUUCAAGGUCUUACUCUAGCAGACCCAUUAUACUAUCAGCCGAAGAAAAUCGACCUGAUUCUUGGUGCCGACAUGGUUGCUCAAAUCUUGUUACCGGAAAUGCGCAUUGGCGCAUUUGAUCAGCCAAUAGCUCAAAAAACACAUCUUGGCUGGAUUUUGUUGGGUCGAAUCGAUUCUCCACCAUCGUCAGCUAUCACAGUUCGUUGCCAUCACGCGAACCUUGAACUAGAGGCCCUUGUGCAGAAGUUCUACGAAAACGAACAAGUGCCUACAGAAACACCAAUGUCUGAGCAAGACAAGUGGUGUGAAGAGUUUUUUCAAAAAACACACGUAAGACAAGACAAUGGAAAAUAUCUUGUUCGACUUCCGUUAAAAUCAAUUUACGACCCUAAUCAAACGUUAGGGAAAUCCAAGCAAAUUGCACUUAAUCGGUUUUUACACCUGGAACGUAAAUUUCAGCACGACGAAACCCUACAUGGGCAAUACACGGAGGGUAUAGAAGAUUAUUUUCACCUCAAUCAAAUUGUUCCGGCAACAACGAGUGAGGACCAACAUUAUUUGCUGACUGCAUCUAACAAGCCCACGUUCACAUCUUGUGUUUUGCCGCAUCACGCGGUAGUAAAGAAAGAUAGAUCCAACACUAAGGUGCGCAUUGUGUAUGACGCCUCUUCAAAAACAUCAAAUGGCCGUUCCUUAAACGAUAUGUUGUGCACCGGCCCACCAUUGCAAAAUGACCUCCCAGCAGUCAUUUUGAAUUGGCGUCUGCACAAAUUCGUUUUCUUGGCGGACAUACAAAAAAUGUACCGAUGCAUUGAUAUGCACCAAGAUGAUGCGCAAUACCAACGCAUUCUGUGGCGAAAUAAAGAUGGAAACGUCCAAGAAUACUGUCUCACCACUGUGACCUUUGGUACAGCCUCGGCUCCAUACACCGCAAUCAGAGUUAUUCACCAGAUCGCUCAAGACGAGAAGGAACGUUUCCCGAUUUUCUUACUUUCUCUUUAAACUUUUCAAUUUUUCAUACAGCAACUAAAAGGUCUGUGCUAGCUACUAUCGCGCGCAUAUGUGAUCCGCUUGGAUUUUUGAAUCCAAUAACUAUUGCUGCGAAAAUUAUUCUAAAAGAAAUUUGGUCAACGAAGAUAAAGCGUCAAGACGAAAAACAUACCGGACUAGAGUGGGAUGAAGAGCUGCCAUCAACUCUGGCCAUCUUAUGGCAAAAUUUUGUUGCUGAGCUACCUAAUAUAGAAAACAUCUCAAUACCACGCUGGCUUAAUUACACGCUACGACCACACUCAAUGGAAAUACAUUCCUUCUGCGACGGAUCGUUAUCUGCUUACGCAGCUGCCGUAUAUCUGCGCAUACAAUACCAACAUGGUGAGAUCCACACCCAUCUGAUCACGUCUAAAGCCAAGGUAACACCACAGAAUCUAAUAACGAUUCCACGAGUAGAGUUAUGUGGUGCAGUAUUAGCUACAACCGUUGCCAAAUGGGCGCAACAACACUUACAACAACGCUGUGGUGAGAUUCCGAUAUAUUAUUGGACCGAUGCAACGAUCGUCCUACACUGGAUUGCCGGUGAUAUACAUCGAUGGAAACUCUACGUGGCGAAUCGCGUAGCUAAAAUUUUGUCAGUUAGCUUGCCCAGUCAAUGGAGUCAUGUCAAAACUCAGGAUAAUCCGGCCGACUGCGCGACUAGAGGUUUAACUCCGACUCAACUUCAACAAUUCGAUCUUUGGUGGAUCGGUCCUGCGUGGCUUCGGCAAGAUAAAUCGACCUGGCCUAUUUCUUCUAGUAGCCCAGACGAUAUCGACAGCACAGCUACCGAAGAAAAACCAGCUAAAGUAUUAGCGCUUUCGAUAAUUACCGAACCUUCGUUUCUACUACGAUAUUCUUCCUACAUCAAACUCGUACGUAUAACAGCUAGGCUGCUACGAUUCUUUUAUAAUCUUCGCAAAACUCGCAAGGAAGACCGUCAUAGUGGACCGCUCACCACUAACGAACUUCAGCAAAGUCUCUUUCGAAUUGUUCACAUGGUACAGUGUGAAACAUUUGGCUCGGAAAUUCGAUGUAUUAAAUCUAAAAUCAACAUACCCACAACAAGCAAACUAGUCAGUUUGACACCUUUCCUAGAUGGAAACGAAGUUCUUCGCAUACGCGGUCGCUUACAUCAUGCGAAUCUGCCAUAUGAUCAAAAGCACCCCAUGAUUUUGCCGAGCAAUCACCACUUUACGAAACUUCUAAUCGACUUUGCUCACCAAAUUACAUUACACGGUGGAGCGCAAUUGACGCUUACAUACAUCCGUCGAAAAUUUUGGAUCAUCCACGCUCACAAAACUGUGAGACUUCAUCUCCGGCAUUGCAUCAUUUGCUUCCGUAACAAACCUUCGUUAGUCUCUCAAUUGAUGGGAGACCUGCCCGCAAAACGUGUAAAUCCACCUCAACGCGCAUUUGUUGCAACUGGAGUGGACUACACAGGUGCCAUCGAAAUAAAAUCGUCGAAGUAUAGAGGGCACACGGUGUAUAAAGGUUACGUAGCCAUAUUUAUAUGCCUUGCAACCAAGGCCGUGCACCUUGAAGCCGUCACUAGCAUGUCUACCGAGCAUU